AUGAUGAAGUUAAAUCUUGUCACUUUGGAUACUACUGUAUAUCUUUUUCGAGGCAAAUCAAAAAAAAAAAACACACAGUUUUUGAUUAUUGCUCUUUCUCUCUUUGACUCGAUUCAGGCAGUUGGUGUUCGAGAGAAUCAGUGUCGAGUAGCUCGCCAACAGUUUAUUACUGGAAGCAAAAAAUAUUAUGAAUGUGCUGACAAACAGUCGCGUAAAGCUGCUUCAUCGUUGAUUAGAGCGUUUCAAAAGGAGUACGAUCGGGCUGUAGAAAGAGCAACAGCAGCAGAAGCUGAUUUAAUCUUUGUUUGCCGGACAUUCUGUUUAUGUGAGCAGCGCUUAGUCGAUAGGAGUUCUGUCCUUGGCAAUCGUCGUAUCGACAAUCGAAUUCCUGCGACACAUGUAAGCUUGCGCUUGUGUGCUCAUCACCACACUUAUUAUUGCUUACAAUCGUCCUGCAGCCCUAUUCAAGCUGUGAUCCAAGAUCCUUUUCCAUAUUUGGAACAAGUUUCAACAUUGCUAAGGAAAGUCAUACGGUUAUGUUCCAUUGAUGAGCGAGUUAGGAAUCUGACUAAACAGCUAAAUGAGUUACAAAAAGAAUAUGGUCACUUGCGAAAUCAGGAUCUAACUAUUCGCCAACUCAAGGAACGGAUGAAAGAAAUGGAAGCUAAAACAAAUAGUAAUGUCCAGGCUGCAAUAAACGAGAGAGAAAAGGAAUUGCGUGUCGAACUAGAAACAUUUGAAAAAGAAGUUACAGAAAAGCGGGAGCAAGUCGUUGCUGAAAAUAAAACGCUCUCAGUUGCAGAUCUAACGAUAAAGAACAAAGAAAUUAAUCGGAUGCCUGAGGAGACGAAGUUGCAGUUAGUAAAGGACGAUAUUGUAAAUGACGAAAAAUUGGAAAUUGUUACGAAUGAUCUCGAAAAUGCCUUACAGAGAGCUGUAGAAGCGGAGAAAGAAGUACAACGUUUGCAAGGUAUAAGCUGUGUUAGUUCAAGUCCAAAUGAAGGAGCACAUGGAGGCGCUUUUCUAAUUCAUUCGAAAGACAGUCAGAUUCAUAAGUUGUUGGAAGAAAACAAGAAGUUGAACUCCAAGCUUAUCCAUUUAAAAACAGAAUCGACCAAACGUAUCGAUGAAUUGACCCAAGAACUGGAGCGCCAUAUGGAGAUCAUAGCGCAGCUGCGAGCCCAACUGGAGGCUCAGUCUGAUUAUGAAGAUAAUAAAAAAGAUUUGAGGAUUCUACGUAGCAUUGAGUUCGAAGAAAUUGCUGAAGGAAUAGGUUUUGUGAGCAACGGUGUUACUGCCACUGCGACAGCAACAGCCGAAGUGCAGUUGGGUGGUCGUUCGAAGGCACUCGAUGAAUUGCUUGUUGGAAAAAAUCGCAAACUGCAGAGUGAAAAUGUGGAUUUGCGAAUGCGCGAUCAAAAACUUGAAGAGGAACAACCGAUGGAUGGAAAUGAGUUGUCAGAUGUUUUUGGUUUAGUUGACGCCAACUUCAAUGGCAGUACACUCGCCGAUUUGUUCUCAAAUAAGAGCGGGCAAAAAUCAGUGGAAACCAAUGGGGAUUUGGAUUUAGAAAGUGAUCCGCAUCGUGCCACGAAUCUCCUUAAUUUAUUUAUGUGCUCUGCCAGUUCAUCAAAUGAUGUUCCGAAACUAGACAAUUAUUAUUCAGCGAGUACGUCCAGUUUACACGAAUUACCUCGGACACCUGCUGAACUCAGGACUUAUAAUGAACUGCAGGACAUCGUUACCAGAAAUAUCCACGAAUUAGGUUCAAAAGCUUUGAAUACGACGGAAAUUGCAAAGCAGUGCAAGCAUUUAAUGGUCACCCACAAUAUUGGACAGCGGUUAUUCGCGAAGUACGUCAUGAACCAGGUAGUCAAGUCACAAGGCUCACUCAGUGAAUUAUUAUCAAAACCAAGGCAUUGGAAUAAACUCACUGAUAAAGGGCGAGAAGCAUUUCGACGCAUGUAUGGCUGGGUUUCAGAUCCUAAAGCUAUUGAACUGUUGUGUAAUAUUUCACCUCGUCGAACUCAACCAGUGGGAUUAAUCGAAAUUGAAGUACCAUCACGUGAAAUUUUAUGGGAUCAACAAGCUGUUUCGUUAGCUGCUGUGUCUAGAUAUAAUGCAGAUGAUACUUUAGAUCUAUUUGUGCAAAAACAGUCCUCGAGAGCCGCUCCAGGCGAUUUGAAACAGCGUGAUAGGUUGUCAGCUGCAGCUGGUGGUGGUAACGCUAAUUCAGUCGUGCAGCGUACAAGUCGCUGGCGACAUGACGACAUACCGAAAGAAAAAAUUAUGAAGAUAUAUAAGCGUGAAUUGGCAUUGUUAAGGGAGCAAGAAUCUCAUCUAGAACAGGCAAUUGGUUCACGGCCUUUAAUUGUGAGAAGUAAGGAUGAAAAGCUUGCAACAAUAGAAACAUCGAAUAAAUCUUCCUCUUUGUCAUCAUCGUCGUCUCGUUGCGGAUCAACAAGAGAUACCGGUUCACCGCUACAAUCAAAUUUUCCUGUAAAUUCUGCUCAGGCUUUGUUUGCUUUGAAAUGUCGUAGUGGAAUGGCAUCCAUAACGCAGGAAGAGCUUGAACGUUAUCCAGUAUUGGAUACUGAAGAUAUCGUGAGACAAAUCAAAGAUUUCCUUUGCUUAAACUCAAUAUCUCAACGUCAGUUUGGUGAAUAUGUGCUUGGUCUUUCUCAAGGAUCUGUUUCGGAUCUUUUAGCAAGGCCUAAACCCUGGACUAUGCUCACGCAGAAAGGACGCGAACCGUUUGUGCGCAUGCAGCUUUUUUUAAACGAAGCUCAGUCUUUGGUUUGUAAACCUGAAGCAGAGUUGAAUGGGAAAUUAGGUGCAAUUCAAUCUUCGGAAGUGCUGUCUAAGAAUGAAACAAACAAUGGCGCAAAACAAAAUUCUAUUAGUGGAUUGCUUAGCAGGCGAAAUUUCCCUUUAGCUGACGAAAUUGAUCACGAGACUGUGAAGCGUACUGAAAAAACGCGUAAAAUUAAGAAAGUGUGCGUCAUGGAUGAUGGUGACAAAAAAAUGAUGCGAAAUGUGAAAAAAAAGCUGUUAAUGGCUGAUACAAGUGAGAUUGCGCGGCAAGUCAAAGAUCGAUUACACAGCAGUGGAAUUUCUCAGAAAACAUUUGGUGACGUGGUGCUGGGAGUAAGUCCAGGAGGUGUGUCAGAACUUCUGGCCAAGCCAAAAACUUGGGAACAAUUAUCCCCACGUGCUCGUGAUUUGUAUCUCAGGAUGAGCGAAUGGCUCGGUGAACUGGAUGGGAAUAGAAGAGUACAUGAGACAUCUACUCCCACUCCGCUACUAUCUUCAUCCCUCACAGCAACCUUUUCAAAUAUGGUGGAUACGCUGGCUUCUACAGGUGCUUUAACAAAAAGUUUGUCACCACAGAAAAGAAAAGCAGCUUUGAACACAACUGCUGUUGGCGAGCUACCGAAGAAAGCACAGAGAACAGUAAUUACGGAUCAGCAAAAAGAAGCACUGAAACAUGUUUUUGAACGUGACCAGCAUCCGAACCAACGAACAAUUGAGCAACUCUCGCAAACUCUUUCUUUAAGUACUAGGACUGUAAGCAAUUGGUUCCACAAUUAUCGGACUCGACAAAAGGCGAGUUUGAGAGCUGAAAAUCAUCCAAAUGGGGACAACGGACAAAAGAGAAAUUCAGUGAAUGGAAAAAAUAACAAUGAUCGGUGGAAACAGGAUCUUGCGGAAUUAAUGAAAUUGGAAUCAAAACCAUAUCACUGGUCACCAACAAUGGUAUCAUCAAGCAGUAAUAGCAAUUUAACUAGAAACACUAUUGCCAAAAACAGUUCUCUUGAUAAAGCAAUUGAACGGAUUCAAAAACUCAAUGCUGCCAAGCAGUUGUAG